UAAUCUCACAGUCACUCGAUAGCCGCCGAGCACCCACACCCGGUCGCUCACCUUCUCCUCUCCCCCGCUCCCUCUUCUUCUGCUUCGGCCGCGAUACAACAGCGGCGACGCGAACCAAGCACCAGACUCGUCAGAAUGGAAGCACUAAUCUUGGAGCUCCACGAGAUCGAGGCGGUCAAAUUCGGCGCCUUCAAGCUCAAAUCCGGCAUCACCUCCCCUAUCUACAUCGACCUCCGCCUCAUCGUUUCCUUCCCCUCCCUCCUCUCCCGCAUCGCCGACCUCCUCUUCUCAGCCGCCUCCUCCGCCGCACCCGCCGCCACCUUCGACCUCGUCUGCGGCGUCCCGUAUACCGCCCUCCCCAUCGCCACCGUCCUCUCCGUCUGCCGCUCCGUGCCCAUGAUCAUGCGUCGCAAGGAGAUCAAGGAACACGGCACCGGCCGCGUCGUCGAGGGCGCCUUCCACCCCGGCCAGAUCUGCCUCGUCGUCGAGGACCUUGUCACCAGCGGCGCCUCCGUCCUCGAGACCGCCGGCCCCCUCCGCGCUGAGGGCCUUGAGGUGCGCGACGCCGUCGUCGUCAUCGACCGCGAGCAGGGUGGCCGCGAGAACCUCGCUUCCCAGGGCAUCCGCCUCCACGCGCUCACUACGCUCUCCGAUGUCCUCCGGGUGCUCGUCGCCCACGGGAGGGUCUCCGAGGAGAAGGCCACCGAGGUCCGGCCAUUUUUGGAUGCCAAUCGAAUGGUCGCCGUCCCGGCAGCGCCGCCGCCGAGAUCUAGGGUUAGGAUUUCGUAUGGGGAAAGAGCAGGGAUGGCGAAAAACCCAACGGGAAAGAAGCUGUUUGAGGUGAUCGAGAAGAAGCAGAGCAAUCUGUGUCUUGCGGCGGAUGUUUCAACUGCCAAGGAACUGCUUGAUAUCGCUGAAAAGGUUGGACCAGAGAUUUGCUUGUUGAAAACGCAUGUGGAUAUAUUGCCUGAUUUUACACCAGAUUUUGGCUCUCAGCUCCGUUCAAUUGCAGAAAGGCAUAACUUCCUUAUCUUUGAAGACCGUAAGUUCGCCGACAUUGGAAAUACUGUAACCAUGCAAUAUGAGGGAGGCAUAUUCCGCAUCUUGGACUGGGCAGAUAUUGUUAAUGCGCACAUAAUAUCCGGGCCUGGAAUUGUGGAUGGUCUGAAGUUGAAGGGCUUACCUCGAGGUAGGGGACUCUUGUUGCUCGCUGAAAUGAGCUCAUCCGGUAACCUGGCUACAGGCAAUUACACAUCUGCUGCAGUCAAAAUAGCUGAGCAACAUCCAGAUUUUGUUGUUGGAUUUAUAUCAGUGAAUCCAGCUUCAUGGCAAGGGGGACCAGCAGAUCCAGCAUUCAUCCAUGUGACUCCAGGAGUUCAAAUGGUUUCUGGAGGGGAUUCAUUAGGCCAGCAGUACAACACUCCUCAUUCAGUGAGUUUCUGGAGGGUAAUCCAUGAUAGAGGUAGUGAUAUCAUCAUAGUUGGCCGUGGAAUUAUCAAGGCAGCUGAUCCAGCUGAAGCAGCUGGAGAGUAUCGAAUUCAAGGCUGGGAUGCAUACAAGGCUGGUUGCUCAUGAGACUUCUGGCUUCUGAUAUUGCUCAUAUAUGUUAUGCACAAUAAAAAUUUUCAUGGAUGAUUAUAUUUUGUCAUCUAUCUCUUGAUUCAGUAUCAUUAUGGUCCAUGCACACCAUAACAGCAGCCCAAAAACCUGCCACCUGAUGAUUCAUGUUGCGUUUGAUUAUCUGAUGCAUAUUAAUGUUUUACUGCAAGCCUCGUCAAAAAAUGGCUUCUUGGGUUAAGAAAUAUCCAGACCAGUUCCACGCUCAGAUGCCAAGUGCCUUUGAGUACUCUCUAACGUGAUCAGCAUGGACCUCAUUUUAUUUGUAACUGUGCUGCAUGUAAGUGUUUAUUUUUACUUUGUUUCGCCAAUCGGGGCUAUAUUUUCAUAAGGAGAAUCGAACUUUCCAAAGCC